UGUUGGUGCAAGCGCAACACAUCACUCGAGUAGCAACAACCUGCUUAUCGGCCCCAAUAAGGCCCCAAUUCUGGAGAAAGGCGACCCGGACAUGCCGGGGUGGGUGUUUAUGGAGCCGUAUGCAUCGCAAAAGAAAAAGUAUCGUAUCUGCAAUAGAAAUUGCAGUUAUACAUGACAAAUGGAAAUGCAAUUUGAAUUCGCAUUACAAAUUGCAUUUUCUUCCUUGAUAAAAUUGUGAUGAAAAAAUUUGUGAUGCAAUCGCAUGCUAGGUACGAUAAGUUUGCAAUGCAUAAGCCGCAGAGCGGGUUGUUUUUUGUCACGGUCACCGCCACGCACGUUUACUGGAAUGAAUCGAAGUACUGCGGCCGAAGACCGACGAAAAAACUGCCGGACUCGCUGGCCGCGACAUACGAGGCAAGAAUGGACGCGAUGUUUUUGGAAUUCAAGAAAGUUCUCGACCGGUGUUACAACGAAAGCAGAAUGAAGAUGUUGGCGGAUGAUCAUGGGGCCUGCGUCGCGCUGGCCGGUGGGGAGCAAGUAGAUUAUGCGCAGCAGCAGGAGUUGUGGUCACCGGCAGGUCCUGCACUGCCGCCCAUUGUAAAUGAAGAAGAGCAGCACGAUGGUAAGGUGUUGAUACCUGGUGUGGUUCCUCGGGCCGCGCAAGAAAAGUUUUACGAUCCACUUUCGGCACUGCGCCUGCCGCCUGAAGAAGCCUGA